UGGCUUCUCAAGUGGAGAUCUGCCCCGCAAUAGCAAUGUGAGUCGUACUCAAUGAGGACGGGCCCGAAAAUAAAGAUGUUAAGCGGUCUGAUAUAAAUACUCCAAUGCCACAACUUUAAAUAUCUCAAUUUCUUUGAAUUGGAGCUUCAAACCAGCUAACUUCUCAUGAUGUUUCCUCCGCUCUUGACUCUCACCUUCCUGGCUUCAGCAAUCAGCGCCAACCCAAUAGUCUCAAGGAACCAAUCCACCUCAUCUGGGCAAGCACCUAUUGUAACAAUCCGCAACGGCUCAUAUUACGGCUCGCACUCCUCGACGUAUGCUCAAGACUACUUUCUCGGAAUCCCAUUUGCACAGCCGCCUUUGGAGGAGCUUCGAUUUGCAAAUCCUCAGCCAUUGAAUUGGGCCUGGACUGGAGUGCUUCCGGCGACAAACUACGCAUAUGAAUGUAUUGGCUAUGGUGGUGAUCAAGUGGGGUACCAGCAAAGUGAGGACUGCUUGUAUCUGAAUGUGGUGCGGCCAUCCGGCUACGAGAACACGAGUCUGCCGGUCGCUGUCUGGAUCCAUGGUGGUGGGUUUUUUGAUGGGGGGGCGCCUGAUCUACGAUACAAUUUAUCCUUCAUUGUUCAAAAUUCCGUCAACAUCGGAAAGCCGAUUAUUGCCGCCAGCAUCGCCUAUCGACUUGGUCCUUUCGGGUUCUUGAAUGGAAAUGAUGUUGCAAGAGCAGGUGUGGCCAAUCUUGGACUCAAGGACCAGAGGUUGGCACUUCAUUGGAUUCAAGAGAAUAUCGCUGGUUUUGGAGGCGAUCCCUCCAAAGUUACCAUCUGGGGUGAAAGUGCAGGAGCUCUGAGUGUUGGCUUUCACCUGGUUGCAUUUAACGGUCGAGACGAUAAGCUUUUUCGAGCAGGGAUAAUGGAGUCUGGCAACCCUGUCUAUUCUUCGGCAACCAAUGGAUCAGACUGGUACCAACCUAGGUAUGCGCUUCUUGUGGCAGCUGCCGGAUGCAGCAAUUCUACCGACUCUUUAGACUGCCUCCGAAGACUUCCUCUCUUUGUUUUAAAUAAUGUCCUCAACAAAACCGAGUUCAACAGCGGAUGGGGCCCUGCUUUCGAUGGCGACUUCAUCGCCAGGCUUGGUAGUGAGCAGCUGGCAGAUGGAUCUUUCGUUCAUGUCCCCGUGAUAUCUGGGGCAAAUACGGAUGAAGGAACUGCAUUCAGUCCCCUGGGUAUCAACGAAACGGCGGACUUUGUUUACUAUCUCAACACCACCACAUCUGCUCAAAAUGCAUGGCCGGGGGACAUUGUGCAGGAGAUAUUGGAAGCCUAUCCUUCUGAUCCAAAUAAAGGAAUACCAAGUUCUCAAACCCUGGGCGGCGAUGUCGUGCUUGGCUCUCCAUACGGUGCCCAGUUUCGACGCAGUGCUGCCUACUUUGGCGACCAAAUGUUCAUUGCAGGAAGAAGACUGACCUGCCAUACCUGGGCUUCAGCCAAUGUACCCGCUUACUGCUAUCGAUUCAACGCGGUGCCCGCCACAAGCAUCUGGCCUCAGGGAGCCACGCAUUUCACCGAGGUAGCCUUUGUCUUCAAUAAUGUUCAAGGCCUUGGAUAUACCGUCAAUCCGUUCUCUAACAGGAGCGAGAGCUACACGCAGCUCAGCAGCUUGAUGAGCAAGUCUUGGGCAAGCUUCGUCUAUGACCUUGAUCCGAAUCGGUGGGUGGGAAGGGAUGCAACUGUGCCUGCUUGGCCUGCCUACAGCGUGGAAAGUCCGAUGAAUAUGGUUUGGGAAGCGAACAUCACAAGUCACACAGAAUCGGACACAUUUAGGGCUGAGGGGAUAAGCAUUCUGAACGCGAAUUGGAAACUCAUCGUUCGCUAGCUGUAAAUAGUGGAUGAAAUGCACUCAACUAGUGUUCAGUAAUUGGAGGGAUGA